CCGGAAGUACGUAUACUUAACAUGGCCGCAUUCAUAACAAUUUCUGUUUGACUCCUAUAUGCUGCAGUUUUGACGUUUUUAUACACCGUUUCUGGCUCCAUACAUUCUUCGCUGUAACUUGCUCGGAUGAAAGCUCUACAGAAUGCCCAAAUAUUAUGAGGAUAAAGAGGAAGAUGGGCGUGCCUGCGCUGGAAUCAGAGAGGAUUUUAAAACCUGUCUCCUUCAGCAUGACUGUGUAGUGAAGGAAGGCAAGAUGCCCAGCGAGUGUCUGAAGGAGGGACAUUGCAAAGGCUUGCAGGUGGCUUUCUUUGAGUGCAAGAGAUCCAUGCUGGACACACGAUCUCGAUUCCGAGGCAGAAAGGGAUACUGAGUAACGGCUACCUUGUAUUAAACGUGAAGACUCUCCUGAUUUGUGAAUACUUGUUCUUUUUAUGCAAAUGUUUCUUCGAAGAUCCAAUCGUACAAUCCAAAAACUCUUCAUUUGGGAACACAAUGAACUGCAUCAGUGUAAAAAGUCAUUAAAGGGCUCAUAUGGCGGAAGUACGUGUUUUUCUGUGUUUAUGGUGUGUUAUAAGUUGCCCAUGCAUGUAUUAGACACGCAAAAUUGCAAAAAUGAAAGUGUGGGAAUAAAAGAGGCAUUCUAUCUAAAAGCGAAUGCUCAACCAGACUUGCCUGAAACGCCUCGUGUAACCACACCCCGGCGAAUCUACGUAACUUCGUAACAUGAUUUGACUAAGACCACCCAAAUCUACACGUAGUUAAGGUGGGUGUAAUUGUAAAUCUCAUUGUAUCGCCUGUCAGUACAAUUGCUUUGGAACCUGAUGUUCUGAAUAUGGUAAGAGGCGUUACAUUUCCGUGAAAUGCUUGCAGUAUUUGACCAAUCACUACGCACUGGUGAACUGGCCAAUCAUAGCACACCUCGCUUUUCAGAGCCAUGAGCUUUGUAAAAAAUCUGCGCGUUUCAGAGAGGCGGGGCAAAGAGGAGAUACAAACAUGCACGGUAUGUGGAAAUAUGUUUUUUAAACUUUAAAUGGUGUAUACACAUUGCGUUACAUCUAAAACAAACAAUAUUCGUUUUAGCCGUGCAGUAUGACUCCUUCAAAUGUCUGCUCACCACUGAAACGUUUCUUUCAUCCCAAUCACUGAAAGAUAAUUCAGGAUCCACACACCCUUAUCAAUUAUAAGCAAUUUACAUCUUAUUCAACUAAUACUUGCCAUGGGAUUAAACAUUUUCUUAAUUUUCAAGUCACCAAUGAGCUGCCUUACUGCCUAGUUGAUGCUUUGUAUUAAGGGGUC